AAUUUUAAAAAAUUCUAGAUAAGCCGUAGAUAACUAAUUAUCAAACCGAUUGAGUAAUUUAAGAUAUUAAGUAAUUGGAACAUUUGGGUUUAAAUUAUCAGUUAGUGAAAAACGUUUAAACGAUAUACAAUACAAUAACAGGAAAACUCCAAUGUCAAAAAACUAAUUAAAAAGUAAAGUUUUGUUAAGAAACGGAAGUAAAAUGACGUUAAAAGUAGAAAAGGAAUUUAAGCCGAGUGAAACGAAACGUAUAGUAAAGAAUGUGGUCAUCAUCAGUUUGGCGUUUAUGGUGCACUUCACGGCGUAUAGUGGUGCUGCCAAUCUCCAAAGCUCCAUAAACGCUGAAGAGGGACUAGGAAUGAGCUCGCUGGCGGCUGUCUACGCGGGACUCAUUUUGUCCAAUAUAUUCCUGCCAACGGCCGUAAUAAAGUGGAUAGGCACAAAAUGGGCGAUAUCUCUCUCGUUUGUGACCUAUAUGCCGUUUAUAGCUGCACAAUUAUGGCCUUCAUUCUACACUAUGAUACCGGCAGGGCUAUGUGUUGGUCUUGGAGGCGGACCCCUUUGGUGUGCGAAGUGUACUUAUUUAUCUGUGGUAUCUGAGGUUCAUAGCAAGAUAUCAAAUAUAACAGCGGAAGCAUUGUUGACGCGAUUCCUUGGUCUCUUCUUCAUGAUAUUCCAGUUUAAUCAAGUUUGGGGAAAUCUUAUCUCGUCGCUUGUCUUAUCUUCGGGCGAUAAUCACGCUGCUGUGACCGCGAUCAACGCGACCAUGAUCCCAGAAAUCUGUGGAGCGAACUUCUUGCCCAGUGCUGAUGCUGCAGAGGCCUUACAGCGGCAGCCUUAUGAGAAAAUCCAGCUCUUAUCUGGCAUAUAUCUAGCGUGUAUGGCGGCUGCAGCUCUAAUUGUUGCAAUUGGGGUAGACUCUAUGAAGAGAUACGAUACUGGUCGUGCUAUCAAAGUAAUGGGAGGUGUUGAAAUGCUCAUGGCGACCCUCAAGCUAUUAGUGGAGCCCAAGCAGAUUAUGCUGAUAACCAUCAUGGUCUUCACCGGAUUACAGCAGGCUUUCUUCGGAGCUGAUUUUACAGCGUCAUUCGUGUCGUGUGCUGUCGGUACGGGAACAGUUGGAUAUGUGAUGCUGACUUUUGGUGUUGCUGAUGCUAUAGGAUGCUUUGUUACUGGAUAUAUUGCUAAGAUAACUGGGCGGAUACCUCUGAUUUGCGCAGCUACUGUGCUUCAUAUGGCCCUUGUGGCCACAAUACUGCUGUGGAAGCCUCAAGCGAACAUGAGCUACGUGAUGUACAUCAUCGCUGUGCUGUGGGGACUCUGUGAUUCCGUCUGGCUGGUACAGAUUAAUGCAUUAUUUGGAAUCCUUUUCCCGGGAAGAGAAGAAGCUGCCUUUUCAAACUUCCGCCUCUGGGAAUCUGUCGGCUAUAUCAUAGCCUACGUGAUUUCGCCCCAUCUCCGUACAAGUUCCAAAGCCUAUCUCCUUGGUACUACAAUGCUUGUCGGCGUUUUUCUGUACUUCAUAGUGGAAUUCCAAGUGAAGAAGGAAAAAGAAGAUAAGGAAACCAAAGAGCCUGUUAAUGGUUUAGAUAAUAAGGCGUUCACUAUUGCUGAAUAAAAAAGGUCUGCCAUGAAAAAGAUUUUAAAUAAUUGCAGGUCAACAGGUUCACCGUUGAUUUUCCUGUAAAUAUUUAUUAACUUUAUAAGUGAGUACAAUCGCUUGUUUUUAAGUAACAUAAAAUCCAUUAUCUAUUUUCACUAUAUUAAUUCUUUGCGCAAUUUUACUUUAUUCUAUGGUUGAUCAUUCCAUUGUAUAUAAAACUUUUUUAUAGUCUGUCUGUAACCGUCCAGAGUAAUAAAAAUUAAACAAAGUUUUUCAUUCAUUUAAUAAAUUAACCCUUUUUUUUAAUUUUCUAAAUUUUACGUGAUAAACGCACACAAGAUGUAUAUAAAUCUUUUGUGCGUGUGUUUGUUUGUGUUCAAGUAGAUUAUAAUGUUUUAGAUUUACAUUUUUUUUAGAGCGUACAGGAGCCUGUCGGGUCGGGCUAGUAUGUAAGUCAAAAUUAACAAAAUGUAUUUAAUAUUUUUUUAAAUUUUGACUUUUUUUCGUUCCAUUAAAAUCUAGUUUUAGGAGUUAUUAUCUAUUACUAAUUAUAUUACCAUACUGUUAACUAUUUAAGUGCGAUUUAGGUUUAUUAUGAAUAAAUAUAUUGUUAAUAAGUUAUUUUUAAACGUGUUAAGUUAAUUUUAUAUAAGUUGAAUUGUAUGUGUAACAUAGCAGGUCGUACAAUGUGAUAUGUUAAUAUUAUCAAAAUCCGAUAAAUUUAAAUUCUAACGGGAAAUAAUAGUGAUAUGAUUUUAUUUAUAUACAUACAUACAUACAUUUAUUUGUAACAUAAGAUAAUAUAGUGAUAUAUUCAUAUUCACUUUGAUGGAUUGUGUUGAAUUUUUUUAAAAUUGUUUAUAAGAUAUUUUUAUUUGAUUAAAGCCUAUUUACAUUUUAUACGUUAAUAGAUUUACUUCAUUAUAAAACUGAAUCCAAUUGAACUAUUUCAUCUCUUUCUGUUAAAUUAUCUGUACUUUGUAUCGAAAAGAAACAGUUAUAGGUCUACAUCUAGGACAUUUUAUGAGCAUAUUAAAGUCAAUUAUUGUUUAGUCUGUGUGGUGUUCAGAAAUAAUACUUUAAUUAAUUAGUUAAUGAAGUUAUGCAUACUGCAAUACAAAUAGAACAUUGUAAUAAAAUGGUUAUAGUACUUUUGGAAGUUAUAAAUUAAAGAUCAUUCAUUUAUUUAUAUUAUUAAAC